AUGGCGAUCCAACCAGAAGAACUGGCUAUCCCCAUCAUCGACCUCGAGCCUGUUCGCUCGGGGACUCCUGAAGAAGCACGCCAGACGGGGAAACUGGUCUAUGAAGCGUUCCGAGACGUGGGCUUUGCGUAUAUCAAGAACCAUGGACUCCCUCAGGAACUUCUCGACCAGGCAUUUGAUUGGAGCUCCAAAUUCUUCGCCCUGCCACAGGCCGACAAAGACAAGGCACCUCACCCGCCUUAUGGGUGGUGGCACCGGGGCUACUCUGGCAUCGGGCGGGAAAAGGUCGUGCAGAUGGUCUUUGACCAGGACUCGAUCGACCAGCUGCGCAAGUGCCCGGAUUUUAAGGAGUCGUUCGAGCUGGGCCGCGAGGACGACGAACGCACCCCGAACAUCUGGUUCCCCGAAGACGUGCUGCCGGGCUUCCGCCAGUUCAUGACCACCUUCUUCGAGACAUGCUACGGCACGGCACUGUGCUUGCUGCGCGCCAUCGCCCUGGGCAUGGACCUGCCUGAGGACUUCUUCCGCGAGUACCACACCAAGAAGGACAACCAACUGCGCCUGCUGCACUACCCGCCCGUCGAGGCCGAGCUGCUUCGCGGCGGCGCCAUGGAGCGCAUCGCGGCGCACUCGGACUUCGGGACCAUGACGCUGCUGUUCCAGGACGAGGUGGGCGGGCUGGAGGUCGAGGACGUGCGCGAGAAGGGCAAGUUCAACCCGGCGCCCUUCGUGCCGGGCACCGUCGUCGUCAACAUCGGCGACUUCCUGCAGCGCUGGAGCAACGACACGCUCAAGUCGACCCUGCACCGCGUCAGGGCGCCGCCCAUGGCCACCACCGGCAUGACCCGCGCCCGCUACUCGAUCCCCUACUUUGUCACCGCCGACCGCGACAGGACCAUCGACUGCAUCCCCGGCUGCUGCAGCGCCGAGAGGCCCAAGAAGUACGAGCCCAUCAAUGCGAGAGAGUACAUCGAGAUGAGGUUGAAUGCCACGUACUAG